AUGCCGUUCUCUCAGCACUCUUCUGUCUCCAAACAUGGAGCCACCACUACCAGACGUGGCUGUGGCCAUGGUGGGGCUACGGAGGGCACUCAGCAUGCUAGCAAAAUGCUCAAGAAGAUAGAAGAAGAGCUGGCCAAGUCUAGCAGUGACAUUGAAGAGCCAGACAAUUUGCCUGCCUCUAAAAAACCAACAAAGUCCAGAUCCAAGCAAGAUGAUGCCAACUUUUUUCUCAACUCUGAUUCUGAUGGCAAAGAGAUUAAGAAGAAGGCAGCCAAGAAGCCUUCAAAGUCUCUGUCUCACUCUAAGUCUUCUGCUCCUACCAACAGAAGAAAUAUAGAGAAGGAGGAGAAAGAGGAGGAGGAGGAGAAAGAGAAAGAAGACGGAGAUUAA